GAACCUCUUUGUUGUAUGCAUGGCUCUUUUUUAUUUCCUAUUACUCUUCUUGCCAUUGGAAAAGUGAGGGGAAAACACAAAUCUCCCCUCAUAGCUGCUGUUUAUUCUAGAAAUUCAAAAACUUAUGUGCAAAUUUACUACUUUGAAUUCAAGUACGAAUUGGAUCUCGAGGCUGGAACUACCCAAAAAAGGGUAUCUUUUAAUGAGGUGGAGGGAAGGCGGUUUGAACAGAAGAUUACUUCCAUUGAAAUCAUGUCUAUUGAAACUUCAGAUGAUGGAUAUGAACAGUAUCUCCUUGUUGGUUUAGAGGUAAAAGUUCAUCUCAUGUACUGGUAUUUAACACUAAACAUACCAUAACCGGUUUAACGAUCAUUUAAGAACUUUUGCAUCGAAAAUGCGCUCAUCGUUUUUGCACAUUUGAC